AUGUCAAACACCAACCAAACAAAAAGUAAUAGGUCGAAAGCCCAAAGUAACUGGAACCAAGCCAUGCUAGAGAGCUCGAUAAAUUCCAGCCGGCUGAUAAUAUGGAAAGUGGCCAAAGAUAAAACUAUCAAAUCCACACAGGAGAGAAAAUCCAUCAAGAAACAAAAGACGAAAGUGACUGUCGAUGGAAUUGUGAGGAAUCGAAUGAUUUCUGAUAGAGAGAUUAUGCAAGUUUUACAUUUACCACAAAUGCAAGCAUGUAAAAUAUUGAAUUGUAGUUUAUCCACUUUGAAAAGAAGAUUUUACGAAUUGAAAGAUGGUUUUGGAUUAGACAGAUGGCCCAAUAAUUUGCUUGUUGCCAGACAUUUGCCAAUUUUCAAAAAGAUUUAUCCAAUGUCUUUGGACUUUAUUCUGAAUCAUGACGACGAAACAUCUACCACUUCUCAAUAA